CGGACUCGACUUUAGAUUUGAGCAGGAAGAAGAGAAACGAACCCUAGCUAGUUGACCAGGCAGGCUCGAACACGAAGCUCCACUCAAUCAAGCUCCGGUUUUACAUCUCUAAUUGACUCUCGUCGGGUCCGCUCCACUCUUCCCAAGCUUUCAAUUCUUCGAUGACAAGUGCUCGGACAAAUAAGAGCUUUGCAAUGAUACAUGGGGGUAUAGGAAGGGAGGGGGAGAAUCAUGGAGUUUUGAGUUUUGGUUUUGUUUUUUAAUAAUGAUUGGAGAUUGUUCCUCCCUUUUGAAGCUCUGGCAAAAUCUUCAUGGGAGGAUGAAGAGACCAAAUUAAGUUUCAAAUUUUGUUAUAGCUUGUGGAGCAUCUUUGGAGCAAAUGAGCAAUGGAGCUUGUGGAGCACCGCUCAAUAUUGGAGGAAUUGCCCUCUUGGUUUGCUUCAUGGUUUUUGUGAGAUAGUUGUAUUUUUUUUUUCUGGUACUGGAAAUGAGUGGUCGCUUCUCACGCACAAUCUAUGUUGGCAACCUACCCUCUGAUAUUAGAGAAUGGGAGGUUGAAGAUCUGUUCUACAAGUAUGGUCGUAUUUUGGAUAUCGAAUUGAAGAUUCCACCACGCCCUCCAUGUUAUUGUUUUGUUGAGUUUGAGAAUUCUCGAGAUGCUGAAGAUGCAAUCAGGGGUCGAGAUGGUUAUAACUUUGAUGGUUGUCGUUUGAGGGUUGAGCUUGCUCAUGGUGGUAGAGGACAAUCCUCAAGUGAUCGUCGGGGUGGAUAUGGUGGGGGUGCAGCUAAAUUUGGCAUCUCACGCCAUUCUGAAUAUCGAGUUAUUGUGCGCGGGCUCCCUUCUUCUGCUUCCUGGCAAGAUUUGAAGGAUCACAUGCGAAAAGCUGGUGAUGUGUGUUUUGCUGAAAUUUCGCGUGACAGUGAUGGGACUUUUGGUAUUGUUGAUUAUACCAAUUAUGAUGACAUGAAAUAUGCAGUCCGUAAACUUGAUGAUACCGAGUUUAGAAAUCCUUGGGCAAAAGCUUAUAUUCAGGUAAAGAGAUAUGAGAGCAGUCCAUCAAGGAGCCGAAGUAGAAGCCGCAGCAGAAGCCGGAGCAUUAGAAGAGACAGGAGUAAAUCACAGGAGCGAUCUGUGUCCAAAUCACCGGUUAAAUCCAGAUCUGCCUCUCCUGUUAAGUCAUCAAGAGCAAGAUCAAGAUCAAGGUCAAGGUCAGGAUCACCUGAUAAGGCCCAAUCGAUUAGCCACUGAUGCGCGAACAAUAAGAAGUGAUAAGUCCAGCACUGAUUGCCUGAAUGGGAUUUCAGGGGAACGUUUUGUUGCACGUCUAAAGGAAGGUAUUUCUGGAUACUUGCUAUGAGGACAACCUUGGUAU